AUCUGCACAUCACAGCAAGGCGUGGUCAGAGCUGACAGGUGGGCCCGUGUACAGCUGCAGUCACUCUUGAUCCAGAGGAUACUUACUGCUUCUUUCUCCUCCGUAGAUAAACACACACAGCUGCAACAAAAUGCCAAAGUGCCCAAAGUGCCAGAAGGAGGUUUACUUCGCCGAGAGGGUGACAUCACUGGGCAAGGACUGGCACAGGCCAUGUCUGAAGUGUGAGAAGUGCAACAAGACGCUGUCAGCAGGCUCACAUGCAGAGCAUGAAGGGAAGCCAUACUGUCACAAUCCCUGCUACGGUGCUAUGUUUGGACCUAAAGGAUUUGGACGUGGUGGAGCCGAGAGCCACUCAUAUAAAUAGACAGGUUCAAGCUUGAAAAAAAACACAUAAACCGUUGCCUGGAAACCAGCUCGAAGGCGCCAGCAUGGUCACAACUAGUCACAAUAAAAACCAGCGGACAAAUUGUAUCUUACUCUAAUGAAACAUUUUGUGUGUGGGUUUAUUUCAUUUCAUGUUAUUUGUUUUGUUGUUUUUGUCCUUGUUUUGUUGAGGACAGAGCAAAGAUGAUGGUGUGUAUUCCUAUGAGUAAUAAAGAAGUGGUUGUCCUCUUCUUGUUCUGAAAUUUUUCUAAAGUUU